UUGGGAACUCUUUUUUCUCCGUGUAAGGAAGAUUUUGUGGCAAAUGGUGAAGAAGUAGCUAAAUAUGAUAUGAGUAAUUCACUAGCCAUUAAACUUUUUUAAUUUUAGUGUGCCUGAAUGGAAAUCUUGAUUACGAUUUAAUUAUUACUGACAGAAUUGCUGGGCAAACAUGCUGCCCAGAAUUACACAAGUGGAAUAAAAGUGACUGUUCAUACUUCACAAAACCAUUUGUUGGCUGUAUGCUAUUGAAGAUUGAUUCUUUCUUAAAAAACAAUGAGGCAUUCCUGUGUUUUCAUUACAUUGACGAUCCUUGCUUCAUCGUGCUCUGGUUCCAUGGAGCAAGUGAAGCAAGCUUGCAUGGAACAGGAGGGCGUUUCCCAAGCCGAUGCGGAUCUUUUCAAUAAAAUGGAUAAGCCAGUAACGCGUCCGCAAAAGUGUUUUUACGCCUGCAUGUUUGAACGGUUCGGAACGUCCGAUGGGCACCGCUUCGAUACGGAAGUUUUCUUGGAGAAUAGUGAAAAACUGGCUCAAAAUGAUCAAAAAAUGCUGAACGCGGCGCGGGAAAUGGCGGAACGAUGCGAUGGGGUGGAGAACGAGGAUCGCUGCGAGUUGGCGGCGGACAUUUUGAACUGUCUUAGGGGUGAUUAGCAAAAAGGGCUCCUUUGUGGUCCAAUGUCAGGGGGUUGACUGUACGCAAUAAACAACUUGCA